GAAAGGCUGCCACACCUCCCCAGCGUGCUUUUCUGUGGGAAGAGGCUGAGAGCGAGGAAGGGGGGGGGGGUGUGGUCGGCGUCGGCUCGGAAGAACUGUAAUCUGACUCCUACUUUCAGUUUGCCGUCCUUUCUGUUUACUAGCCAAACCCACCGAGGGUUAGAGGUUGCCUUCUUCGCGCCACACUGCUUCUUCAAUUGGUUGCGCUACGUCAGGUCUAACUGACUUCCUAUUUCCUGUACGCUGGCUCAGGCUGCCAGGCUUUUGUUUAGCUUCAGUGUUUUUAAGGCGAACAGGUAUGCCCCGAUUGACACGCUAACACAGGGUAGCAGACAUCUGUGGUUCGACAGGAUAUUGUGAAACACGAUCUCAUGCAGAAGCAUCAUCCAGAUCUCUGCAGCAACGGUUUUAUGAGCCCUCAGCCUGAUUUAACUGCUACACAAGUGUGAAAGGAGUCGACUUCUUUGCCUCUUUGUUCCCUCAGCGCCCACUGCGGUCAAGCAAUUCAAAUGAGAUGGCAUCGGCUCCUCCCUCCCGGGCCACCGCCUCUCCAGCCAGUUCCUCUCGCCGCAGUCAAGGUUUGUCGGCCUCCAGGACCUCCGGUGGCGUUUCUUCUCAGAACCGGGGCGACACAGAGAUGCUGGAGCGGAUUCUAGAGAAGCCCAGACUGGUGGUGAUAGAGGAGCCUAAGGACAGAGGCAUGAGGUUUCGGUAUGAAUGUGAAGGACGCUCAGCCGGCAGCAUCCUGGGGGUGUCCAGCACCGACACUAACAAGACUCAGCCUGCGAUAGAGAUUCAGGGUCCCAUUGACCACAUAAAGAGGGUCACAGUUACCGUGUCCUUGGUGACCAAAGACCCCCCACACCGGCCUCACCCCCACUGCCUUGUGGGUAAAGACUGCGCGCCCGGUUCAGGAAUCUGUGUGGUCUCGUUCAACCCUCACAACAACCGGCGUCACAGUUUUGCUAACCUUGGUAUCCAGUGUGUGAGGAGGAAAGAGCUCGACCUCUCACUUCAGAAAAGGAGAAACCAAAAUAUCGACCCUUUUCAAACUGGUCACUCAAAGGGCAUUGAAGACUUGGACAUGAAUGCGGUGCGUUUGUGUUUCCAGUGUGAUCUCGAGUGGGAAGACGGCAGAAAGGACAGUCUCAACCCAGUGGUGUCCAAUACGAUCUAUGACAAGAAGGCCACGACUACAUCACAGCUGAAGAUCACAUGUUUGAACCAGUACAGAGGUCCCUGCACCGGCAAGACAGAGAUCUACAUGUUGUGUGACAAAGUGCAGAAAGAUGACAUAGAGAUCAGAUUCAGACGAGGGUCGUGGAAGGCGAAUGGGGAGUUUGCCCAGACAGACGUGCACCGGCAGAUCGCUAUCGUGUUCAAGACUCCGCCCUACCAGGACCAGAACCUCACAGAGGAGGUAGAAGUCAGUGUCGUCCUACGUCGCAUCUCAGACCAGAUGGAGAGCGAGCCUGUUAACUUCACGUACUUUCCACACAACCCAGAUCCAUAUGGCGUGAAGCGGAAGACUGCAAUAAAGUCAGACAUCGGUUUCAGAGAGAAACCUUGUUUGACAGAGCCAUCCUUCCAGUUCCCGCAGCCUCAAACCAUGAUGUCUCCAGACAAGAGGCUGUGUCCUGCCCAGCCUGUGGUCCCUGCUUUGGUGGAAACGUGUUACAACACGGCCCAGGACUCAAACAAUGGCACCGAUGAGUCUGCCAUCAUUAAUCAGUUGAUGGAAACACCUGAAUUAUGGGAAGCGAUUUUCGACUCGAGCCUCAGCAUACCCAGCAACUUUGAGGAGGAACACGAUGGCAGCUCCGCCAUUGGCAACAUCGAUUUGAACUUUAACCAGAACUUUGGCUCAUACACUCAGGACUUUUCCCAGUUUAGUGACUUGCAGUUCAACAUGCUCGUCAAUGAGAACCAGACUCUGCAGUCAGAGCCACAGGACAGCCUGUCCAACGUGGUUCAGGUGAAGAAAGAAGAGACGCUAUGAGGGCGGGACAGUCAGGCUCAUGCAGCGUCAUUAACACACUCGCUCUGUCUUCUUUAAAGGAAUAGUUUGACAUUUCGGGAAAAUGCUUAUUUGCUUUCCUGUCCCCUAGAUGAGAAGACUGAUACCUCUCUCAUGUCUACAUGGUACAUAUGAAGCUUAAGCCAGUGCACACUUAGCAUAGCGUAAAGGGUGGAAGCAGGCCGAAACAGCUAGCGUGGAUCUGUUCAAAGGUAACUAAAUCUGGCUUCCAGCACCUCUAAAGCUCACUAAUUCAUAACUCUCCACAAGAAAGAGUAUGUGCACUUCCCAGAAUGCCAGCCUAUUUCUUAACUAACCUCUCUGGAUUCAGACGUUGUCCCAAAUCCAAGAUGAAGCAAAAUGAUUCCUUUGCUCCAGCUGCUUGCACUCUGUAAUGUGUUUGUAGAGUAGUUUAGUUUCACAACUCUGCUCUGUUGCCCUCUCCUUAACCCUGUAACUUUAUCAUUGCCUGAAAGCCUCGCUGGUCAAGGCUAUAGCAAUCAGGAGCAGGUUAACAUUCCUAAGUAUUUGUCCAUAAAUGCUGCUAGCAUUAAUUUCAAGGCUUAAGGUCAGAAGAAGGUGAUUCCUCCAAUACAAGAGGAGCUUAAAAAGAGAAUUCAUGACCUUCUCUGGUUAACUGGGGAACAGUAGAAACCGCUCCAUAAAUGCUGUCUGUUGUAGUAAAUGGUUGGUGAGGUAAGAAUGAAAUACCUGUUGUGUAAUGUUUUUGUUACAUCUGUUUUGUUUACUUGAAAACAAGCUGACUUGUUUCGAGUUUUACAACACAUAAACUUACCCUCUGUUGUUGUUGACCUCAUACCAGCUGGCUUGUUUAAUAUUUAAUCUACUUAAAAUGCAAUAGAAACCAGUCCUGCGUGUAUUCAUAGUUCUAUUUGUGUCAGUUUCUUUUGUUCAGCAGUUUCACUCUGUCAACAUGUCCAACUCCACCUCCUUUGCUGUGGCACUGAAGUGUAAAUAUUUCAAAGAAAAAAAUAAAAGGUCAGUGUGUUA